UUUGUCACUUAAAACCUCAAAAAGCUAGAAAAACACGGUAGGAACAGACUGGUUCAGUGCGACUCCAAGUUUGAACCGCGCAGAGAGCUGCUGACAGUACGGAGGGAGUGACCUGCAGCGCCGAGAGAAACCGGAAAGGACAAAAAGAGCAGGGGCAUCGGACCCUACCAUGCCCUUUAUGGAGUACCUGGACCAGGACCGUUUGGUCUGCCUGAAGUGGGGCUUUGAUAACCUGCAAGGGAACAUUACAUUCAAACUGGUAGUCAACACAACAGGCUGGGUGGGCUUUGGCUUCAGUCCCAACGGAGAAAUGACGGGGUCAGAUAUCAUCAUGGGGGGACUUGGACCCAGUGGAAGCUACUUCAAAGAUUAUCACGCCACAGAAAACUCCAUGCCUUUGGUGGACAAGCAGCAGAGCUACACUCUCCUCUCUCUGAAUGAAGGUGAAGGUCAAACCAUUGUGACCUUUGAGAGGUCCAUUCAGUCGUGUGAUGACCAAGACUUCCAUAUUACUGCUCAACCCAUAAAACUGAUCUAUGCCUACGGACCAACAGAUGAGAUCACUUACCAUGGGGCCCGUAGAGGCACCAAGGAAGUCAAUCUGCUGAACUACAUUCCCAGAACGAUCUUCACCAACGUCAACUACCUUAGUGCCACAGUGGACAAUAUCACUGUCCCUCCCAUUCAUACCUAUUACCACUGCAAGGUCAUGAAGUUUCCACCUUUAAAUACAAAACAUCAUAUAUAUCAGGUUGAACCGGUGAUUGAGCACCACGACAUCGUUCAUCACAUGCUGCUGUACCGCUGCCCCUCCUUUGUGACAGAACCGUACGACAAGCCGUGCUACAUGGGCGACAUAGGGGAUGCCUGCUUUGCCCUGGUGGCUACAUGGGGAGUGGGAGGAGGGGUAUCUGAGCUCCCAGAAAAUGCGGGUAUUCCUGUCGGAGGUGAGGACAGUAAUACAUUUUAUAGGCUGGAAAUCCACUACAAUAAUCCAAACACUGAAGCAGGUAGGACAGACAGCUCAGGACUGAGACUGUACUAUACAGCCCAACUCCGGCAGCAUGAUGUGGGCAUCCUGUCCACAGGUUUGCUGCCACUUGACCAUUUGCAAUACAACAUCCCUCCAAAAGCCACUCAAUUCCACACCUAUGGCGUGUGUAAUACCACUGUCUUUUCUCAGCUUGUGAAUCCUAUGCCUGACCUUCAAGUGUUCGCUGUGCUGUUGCACACUCACUUGGCUGGGCGGAAAGUCAGAGUUGGCCACUACAGAAAUGGAAAGCAGAUAGACUUCGUGGGCUUGGAUGAAAACUACAACUUUGAGAUGCAGCAGAUUAUCAAUUUGGGAAACAUCAAGACUAUCAAGCAGGGUGAUGAGAUUGUAGUGGAGUGCACCUACAGUACUAUCAAUCGCACCGGAACCACUAAGAUGGGUUUAGCAACUACUGAUGAGAUGUGCCUGGCCUUCCUCUUCUACUACCCUGCAAUCAAGAUCACCACAUGUAUUAGCCACCCAGAAACAAUGAAUCCAUCCGUGAACACAAGCUACCAGAUGACAACUUCAGACCAGGAUGGAAUCGCUGAGUAUGAGAGUUUGUUAAAGACCCUACCACAACUUCAGCUGAUCUUUGAUGAAGAUAAAUGGCACGAUUCGGGAGAUGAUGAAGACACCGACUGUCACAUGUCAGAACAGCAACGCGUCAAGCAGACUCUGCACUUCCUUGAUUGUGAACUCAGCAGGAAUCAUACUUUUGCUACUCUGGAUUGCAAUAAUGUAACGUGGUUGUAUGAGCAACAGAUCCAUUGCAAUUUUGAUAAAGGAAGGCACAGAUGAUAAAAUCUUUGUUGUAUCCAAUUGGGUAUGUUCAUCUUUACAGGGUAGGGUGUAUACCAUUUUCUGUUUUCGUUUUCUCUGUUCAUAGCAAAUCUUUUCUCUUUGCUAUUAAUUGUUAAUCAUAGAUCGGGUGGCAUAUUAUUUAGCAACUGUCAUAUUGAUUAUCAUAUUGAGAUUUACAUUACUGCCUUACUUUAAACUCUAUUUCAUGAAAGCACAGUAUGCUUGAAAAUGCCUGGAGACAAAUCAGUUAACUACACACAGUUUUUAUACAGUUUUAAGGUAGUUUCAUUUAACCAUAUGUGAUGAAAUGUAUACCUAAAUACCUAUAGCAUGUGUGUGUGUAUAUAUAUAUAUAUAUAUAUAUAUAUAUAUAUACCUCUGUUUGUGAACAUGUAUUUUGUUCAUUACAUGCACUGUAAACCUAAUUGCUGAUUUUGUGAUUAUGUAUAAGAGUUAUAUAAAAGAGCAAUCAUUUGAUGAUCACUCACUUAAUAAAAAAUAUAUAUCCCAAAUAA